AGGAAGAGGGCGGAGGAGAGAAAAGCUGAGUAAUGCCGGGAGCCCUUUCGAAUGGCUGAUGCAAACCUGGAGAAUUUGCAUCAUGAUUUAUCCGGCCUAAGUGUCUGGGACAGGACCUUAAAUGCGGCGCACGAGGAAGCUGAGCUGGUUAGUAAUGAUAGGGCAACGGCAACGGCAACGGCGGCGGCGGCGGCGGCCCGAGAUGUAGAGGCCCGGGGGGCGCGGGAGACACCCGGCCGGAAGGCGGCCCGGAGGAGGAGGGAGGCCCGGGGCAGGGCCCGGGCCCGACCGACCGCCUGACCGCAAGGAGAGGGAGCCCCGGGGGCCGGGGGGCCCCAGGCGUCCGGAGCCAAGUCCCCUACCCACACCCCCACACCCCCCCACACACCCCCACACCCACACCCACACACAGAGCCGGACAGGCGCCCGCACCCGUCCCAAGGGUCCCGCAGCCAUGGUCCGAAAGCCGGCCGUGUCCACGCUGUCGCCCGGAGGCUACCUGCAGGGCGACGCGAGGGCCAGGCUGCCCGCCCCGGGCGGGACGGGGACGCACAAGGUCGUGCUGAAGAAGAAGAUCACGCUCCUCAGAGGGAUCUCCAUCAUCAUCGGCACCAUCAUCGGCGCCGGCAUCUUCAUCUCUCCCAAGGGGAUCCUGAAAAACACGGGCACGGUGGGCACGUCGCUCGUCGUCUGGACCGUCUGCGGAGUCCUCUCGCUCUUCGGUGCGCUCUCCUACGCUGAACUGGGAACGAGCAUCAAGAAAUCCGGGGGCCACUACACCUAUAUUCUGGAGGCUUUCGGCCCGCUCCCGGCCUUCGUCAGGGUCUGGGUGGAGCUGCUCAUCAUUCGCCCCGCUGCCACCGCGGUCAUAUCUCUGGCCUUCGGACGCUACAUCCUGGAACCGUUUUUCAUUCAGUGUGAAAUCCCGGACCUAGCCAUCAAGCUGAUCACAGCCGUUGGCAUCACCGCGAUCAUGGUGCUCAAUAGCAUAAGCGUCAGCUGGAGUGCUCGAAUCCAGAUCUUCCUCACCUUCUGCAAGCUCGUGGCCAUUUUGAUCAUUAUCGUCCCUGGAGUCAUGCAGCUGACCAAAGGACAAACCCAGCACUUUAAAGAUCCGUUCACGGGAAGAGAUGCCAGUAUUAUGGGGUUGCCCCUGGCCUUCUACUCGGGCAUGUACGCCUACGCCGGCUGGUUCUACCUCAAUUUUGUAACCGAAGAGGUGGAGAACCCCGAGAAAAACAUCCCCCUGGCCAUAUGCAUCUCGAUGGCCAUUGUCACCGUGGGAUACGUAUUAACCAACGUGGCCUAUUUCACCACCAUCAGCGCCGAGGAGUUGCUGCUUUCAAAUGCGGUGGCGGUGACCUUCGCCGAGAGACUGCUGGGAAACUUCUCACUCGCCGUCCCCAUCUUUGUCGCCCUGUCCUGCUUUGGCUCCAUGAAUGGUGGCGUCUUCGCUGUGUCCAGGUUGUUUUACGUGGCCUCCCGGGAGGGGCACCUGCCAGAAAUCCUGUCCAUGAUCCACGUACGCAAGCACACCCCUCUGCCGGCCGUCAUCGUCCUGCAUCCUCUGACCAUGAUCAUGCUCUUCACCGGCAACCUCUACGGGCUCUUGAAUUUCCUCAGCUUCGCCAGAUGGCUUUUUAUUGGGCUGGCGGUCGCCGGGCUCAUCUACCUCCGAUACAAGCGGCCCGAGAUGCCGCGUCCUUUCAAGGUGCCGCUGUUCAUUCCGGCUUUGUUUUCUUUCACCUGCCUCUUCAUGGUGGCAUUAUCGCUCUACUCCGACCCCUUCAGCACGGGCAUUGGCUUUGUGAUCACCUUGACCGGGGUGCCUGCCUACUAUCUUUUCAUCAUCUGGGACCAGAAGCCCAAGUGGUUUCGAAGACUGUCAGAGUCCAUCACCAGAACGCUGCAGAUCAUCCUGGAGGUGGCGCCAUCCGAGGACGGACCCAAACUCUGAGGCCCCGCGGGCUGGGCUCGGCGCUCUCGCCCCAGCCAGGGACCUCUUGGGACAGAAGAGGGUGAGGAGCCUGGCCCCCGCCUAGCGGGACCUCGGAGGUUAGCCAGCGCGGAUCUCACUCGCAGUUAAGGGAGUCAGCGACUCUAGCCGUAGUUUGCUUUCACGGCCCAGCCCAACACGAAAUGGGAAGGCGUAGAUCUCAGUGCGUGCCCGGGAGCGAACCGGCCCUCCUGUCCCCAGCUGACCUCAUCCCCGGGCAUAACAGAUGCCCACCCUUCUGGAAGCCAAAAAUGAGAAACAGUUCCCCCACGGUAUCCCCUGGGCAGGUUCCCCAGACGGCCCAGCGGAACGGAUCGUGUCUUCGGCUGAAGACCGUCGGGCAUUUUCUGCACGUGACCGUUCCGGGAGGUGCUUUCCAGGGCGGUGGCCCCGCCCGCCACUGUGGGGAGCGGCUCCUAGGGAGAGACACGCACACCCUCUUGGCUCUCGCCACUAACCCGGAGCACUUACUUCAUAACCCAGCUGGCGGAGCUCGUCUGAUGUUGGAAGGGAGGGCACGCCGGCCUCCAGAGGUCGGGGGUGGAGGGAGGGGAGGGCGGCUUCGGGGCCGCCGUCCAUUCGGCCCAGGUGUUCAACUGAAAACCCGAGACGUUGUCAGGGUAAGAUCUGGAUGCGGAAUUGGGGAAAUCAUUGGAUCUGGUCUAAGUAAAAGGCAAGGACUGUACGUCCUCAGAAGACCGUGCACCCUGAAAAAUUCCACAAAAAACAAAAAAGGGAUCCCAGGGCUGCCUUGGCCUGGUCUUAACACCUCCCCGGGUGAUUCAGAGCUGAGCCACUGACUCUGUGACAACUGUCACUCCACCAGCUGAGUGUCAGAAACAAACCAUUUUGGCUCUGGCACUCUUUUACCUGUAACAGUUUGUCUCAGCGGAGCACCUUUUCGGGUCAGUACCCGGAAACCUGGUGGAAAGGUUUUGCACCCUCCCACCUAUUUCUAUGCUGGAAUGAUUCUGCAGACUCACUUUAGAUGCAUGCCCUUUUAGGGCCUCUUCCACAAAAUCUAUUCAGAAGAGUUAUCUAAUAUGCACUGCAAAAGGUUUUUAUAAAAUUACCAUCGGCUCUGGGGAAAGAUUAGUCCGAAUUUUGAUUGUAUUUCUACUAAUUUGUGACUACUGAAAAUUUCAUUUUAGCCAUCAUCACUGGGGAGAGGAAAACGAUAUGACUGAUUUGUAUCCGAAGGGUUUCGCAUGGUGUGUGUGUGUGUGAAUGUGGGCGUGUGCGUGUGAGUGAGAGAGAUUUUUAAGCCAUGAAUCCAGCAGUGAAUUUCUCGUAUGCCUUUGUGAUCAAAUUUCAAAAGACGGAACUGAGUCCAAUACCAACCGGUCGCUUUCUCUGUGGGAAUGCCAUCGGCACCCGAGCAGGAUCUCGUUGGAGAAGCCCACCGUGACAGCGACGAGGAGCCGCUGAGCUCAGAGGGCCACCUGCAUCUCCCUGAAAGGGUGGGAGUUUGAGAGGACACCCGUCCAUCACUGCAAAUGAGUUUUCAAGACAGACAUCCUCCCGCACUGAGGGAAGAGCCAUGGCCACCCUUUCUCACAUCCUUUCCCUCCCUCACACCCACACCGCUGCCUCCACGCAUCCAGGUUUGAGCCCCUGGCCGGUGCCGGGCUACUGGGCCUGCAAUCGGAGAGCCGCGUCCGGCUCCGAGGCCGGCGGUGAGGGGCCCCCGAGCUGGACGUUCCUCUAACGAGCCCUGUGUCCUCCCCACGGGAGGUCAGAAUCUGCUCGGGCACCACCAUCAGACCUCCCUGACCGAGUCCAUUAGAAACACAACAACCCAGAAAAGCUCAGAGAAGCCAGCGGUGGAACGCUGGAAGACAUCGGUCAAUCAAUGUUAUGAUUGAGUACUUGGGGUGCAGAGCACUGUUCUAAGCACUCGGGAAAGUACAAAAUAGAGUCUGCAGACAAGAUCCCUGCCCACAGGGAGCUUAAGUCUAGAGGUGGAGCUUAGGUGUAGAGAUCUGCAUUUUUACAGAGCAGUCAAAGAGGGAGGAAAGAGUAGGUAUCUUUCGGUUGGAUAUUUACCUAUUGUAGAAAGUUGCUACAUCGGCACCAUUUCCUGCUGCAGGAGGACUUUUUGACACCAAUUGCUUGUGGUGAAUUUUUCUCUGCUGCCUUUCGUGGGUGAGACGCCGGCCGUGAUACCUUUUCCAAGAUAUCAUACAGAGGUAGCAGAGUAUUACAUGAAUUGUACUUGACAAAUAGGUAUAUAUUAAUUCAGAAUCAGUGAUGAGCUUGGAAUAACAUGACAGGUAGAUUUACGCGUCACCUGUUUCUUUGGAGCCGGAGAUCUGGACGUCCAAUCUACCAGCUAGUAUGGAACAAGUAACACCAUUCAGCCCAAGACAGUCCAGUUGGAAUAUCAGCUCACGGCGUUAAACCCCACCAGCCAUCCAAAGGACGCCAUCUGAGGGCUCGCCUCAUUGUCUGGCCCCCAGAUUGCUGUCCGAUGCCACCCACGAGGCCGGAGGAGCCAUUUCAAAUGCUCCGACUGGGGGUCCCAAAGCUCUCUUUGUUUCCGAUGGGCGAUAUGAGCGACAGCCCACAGAAAAGACUGAUUCCACGAUGGAUGAAUGUCUUGACAACAGUUUUGCAGCCGAGAGGAAUUAAUGAGCUACGACACCCGCUUUUGAUGGAUCACGGCUCGGCCUUUGAACGCUGUGAUAGGUAGAGGAUGAGGGAUUUCGCGUGUCUUCUUGAUCAGUCCUCAAUGCUGCAAAUCUUUAUCCACCCAGCCAAGCUAUGGUGGAUAAUAUCUGGGAAUAAGAAAUGAUUUUAGAACAACCAAAAGCCCUAUGGACUCCAGAAAGUCGCCGGUAGAUGCUUUAUCUUAUUCCGGCUUGCAGAUCCAAGGGUUAUCCAAGGGAAACAGAUGCCAGAGGGUCCCCGGAUAGAAAGCCCCUCUGGGGAUCCGGUCGACUUGGGAUGAACCCGAUAGGGCUGAACUGUGCUGGCGGUCUGCCGCUCCAUCUCUGCAAUGGGCUACGUUUACUCUGUCAUUCAGAUGCGACCUGUGCUAUCUGCUGAAUAGUUGUGAUUUGUGAGGCAGUUACACUGCACAGCAAGACCUUGGUAGCUAGAAGAAAAUGAUUAGAAGAAUUUUAGUUUAUUUUUGGAAUUAUAGGCAGGAGAUUUAGGUCAUGACUAUUAAAGUCGAAAUCUAGGUGAAUAUAUUUUGGGGGACUGCAUAGAACUGUAAUAUAUUAAUUCUGGAACGAGUUAGGCAUUUCAACAACAACCCAAACAUAGGUUGUCCCAAUCGGUUCCGGACGGAACCUCCCGUGGGGGCUGGAUAAUUAUCUCGCCUGUGCUGCUGAUGGGUGGAGGGGGACUGGGUGCUGCUGUCUAUUCUGAGUUCCUGUUUACAUUCCCUUAUCCUUCCAUGAAAACAGUGUUUGGGGAAUUUUCAAACAUCUCAUUCAUAACCUGGUUGAGGAUUUGUUCACAUCUGCCCCCAUGAGGGUUCCAACUCCUAGGAGGCAACUGUGUCUGAAGACUGGAGAAAUAACAACGGCGGGGGCCUGUCUGUCAUUCAUUUUUCAAUUUUGCCAUCUGUUGGGAUGGGUUGAAAAUCCAGAUUUGGCUGCUGACAGUCUUCAAUUCUCUGUGGCCCUGAGGUCAGUGAGUUGUGCUGAGGUAACUGAGGCACAGAUAAAUUAAGUGGCUCGACCUAGGUAACGCAGCGGACAGGUGGCGCAGCCUGGAUUAGAACAAACGUCGUCUGUCUCCCAAGCCCAUGCUCUUGCCACUAAGUCAUGCUGCUUCUCAAGAUUGAGAAUUCACGCUCUGCCCCGUGCUUGGGCAUCACCUGAGCCCAAGGCCUAAGGUCACCAGACCCAGAUUCCUCUAGUCCUCCGACUGGAACCCGAAAGUAUUUCGGGGCUAGGAGUUCACCAGAAGCGGUCAAGUGGCAAACGUUUCUCGCCCAGUGACACUUCCUGUAAAUCCUGUGACACUUACAACCCUUCUCUGUUGCAAUACUGUCCCUGACAACCUCCAUGUUGAGAAAGCAGGAGAUAUUGAGUCUCUUCUCGUAGCUUCAGGGAGCUAUACAGACUGGGGAGUGCCAUCAAAAAGUAUCUUUCAGUCCAUUUUGUAAGCAGGUCAUCAGCCCAACCAGCUCCUUUCUCUGCAUGGUUAAGACAGACUGGUUUUCCAGAAGGCGCUUAGCUCAUCAUGCCUAUUUCUGUUGGAUGAUGGCGUGUAACACGGGAAAAGGCAAUCCGUAUGGCCCAGUAAGCGAUGAUGUUUUCUCCACACUCCACGGCCGACCAACAGGCGGUGAGACAGUGAGUGUUCCUGGCUGAACCGAGAGCCGGCUCCCAGAGCUUUAGGAGAUAAAUCAGGGGAAAAGAGGAGGGUGUAUCCUGCCUGGAUUCGGAAGGUCUGAUGGACACAGUCAUCUUUUCUGUCCGCUGAGGAGUUUCCCUAAGACUCUUGGGUAAUGAUCUGCUUCUCUUCCCUGUCCCUGGAAGUCUGGUGGAGUAUGAAGGGCUCGUUUCCAGGGACUGCCAGAGAGCAAGUGGCGGUGUCCUGAUGAGGAGCCUCUGGUGUCUGGCAGUUGGGUGGAUUGACUCAGGAGUUGGGCGUGUCUUUCGAAGGAUGGCUUCCCAGUUCAGUUUUUCCAAACCCAAAACUCGUACAAGCAUCAGGCAGAACGGACGGAUCGGGGCCAAACGGAACAUCCAGAAACACGGCCUCAUCGCAGGGUGCCUGGGGUGUGAGGCCGUGGCCUGAACCGGACCCGACAGGCCGGGGGAACCACCGGCCUGACUCCUGUUCGCUGGGCCCGGUGGCCGCGAGUCCAGCCCGGCCGCAGGCCGACCUCUCCGCCGCCCUCGCCUCCUUGGACCGUGCCGCGCCCAUGAGUCCUGCGAGUCCGGGCACCUGGAAGCUGAGCGAGGGUGGUGGCGGUGGGGUUAGCCUUCUGGGCUGGAAAUGCUGGCACGGUGGCUCACCUUUGACCUGAACCCCUUGGAGCCUGCUGGGGGUAGUAGAACCUUCACUGAGUAAGGUGGGAAAUGCCGCUCCUCUCUACCUCUUCACACCACAGAGGCUCCCUGGCCCUUCCUCUUCAUGCCACAUAGAUGGCAUCGAGCGAGACGCCUGCCAGCCCGUCCUCCAACCCUAGGGUUAAAUACUUGAAACGGAGAGAAGGCUCCUGGCCGCCCCUGAGGGGAGAGAGCCUGCUCCACCUAUCUCACUACUCCUGGGGCAUCGGCACGGUCGGCGUGGCGUUGGGGAAGGGGUGUCUGUGUGUGUGGCUGUGUGUGUGUCGGGGGGCAGGGUCACCUACUGUGUGUCUCUGGCUGGAAGGCAGCGUGGCGUCCAAUACCCGUCAACAUCGUGAUGUCGUUUCAUGGGAACCUACUUAUAGGCACACCUGUAGGCUUUUAGCUGGCUUCUUCUGUACUGUAUAUCUUUGUUUGUAAAUAUUUUCACUUGAGAACACUUGCAAAAAAUUGUGUUUCUGUUACAGAAAUUGAAAACCAAAUAAAUAUUUGGAUAGAGUUUACAAUAA